UGCAGACUGACCUCUCAGACAAUGAUUUUUACUUUAACUUGCUUCAUGUUUCUCCUCACAGGCAGCUGUGUUUCACCAGAUGUUUAUGAUGACCCACUGAUGUCCAGUCAGAGCUUUAACAACAUUUCAGUGACACUUGAAAAUGCAACAAAUUAUGUAUUUACAGAUUUUUCAAAUUUGACAUCAAACCAGACUUCUGAUAAAAAAGCAUCCACCUGCAGUUACAAGGAUGUUCUAAAUCAUCUGCAUUUGAACAAAGAUAAUGAAACCUUCACCGUGAGCAGACCUGUUAAAGAUCAUACACAUAAAACAUUCUUAUACCUUGAAAUGAUGGUCUAUGCCAUCCUGGAUGUGAAAGAGACAGAUCAGACAUUCGUUGCAUAUGUUUGGAUUUACAUGGACUGGGAAAAUGAUUACACCAAAUGGAAUAAAGAUGACUUCUGUGGAAUUUCAGACAUAAUUGUUCCAACAGGAUUAUUGUGGAAGCCAGACAUGACAAUUGAAGAGAUGAUAGAGAAGGACAAAGCUCCUCCAAGCCCUUUUCUCAAAAUACACAGCAAUGGGUUGGUUGAAUUUAGCAAUGACCAGAUUGUGAUCAGCACCUGUAAGAUGCAUGUUCACAAAUUCCCUUUCGACAUUCAGACGUGCAACAUCACUUUCAAAUCCUACUUGUAUGGAGAACAUGAAUUACAAGUCAACGUACUAGGAAAUAGAUCAGUUAUAUCAAAGUGGGCUCAGAAAAUGAUGUCGAAAGAUUUUGAGUGGUUGUUGGUCGACAUGUCUGUCACCAGUUAUUCAGUGAACCAUUAUGGAUACGAUCAAACCGUUGUUGUUUACACUAUAGAAAUAAGGAGAAAAUCUGCCCUCCACUUUGUUAGCUUUGUGCUGCCGAUCCUCUUCUUCUUGUGUCUGGAUUUUUUCUCCCUCCUCCUGCCACAUGGUGGAGGGGAGAAGAUCGGCUUCAAGACCACUGUCCUGCUCGCCGUCACUGUGAUGCAACUUAUUGUCAUCGAGAUUCUACCUGUUACAUCAAGCAAAAUUCCCCUUUUAGUGGUGUUCAUCCUUGGGAUUUUUGGACUAAUGUUGCUCAGCCUGCUGGAGACUAUCGUGGUAAUCAAUCUGUUAGAGAAGGACUCAGCGUCCAAGGACGAUGCCCAAAGUUUGAAUGAAGAGCAUGAGAUGAAGAAAUGCUUUCAUUGCUCAUCCACAUUUGAUGAAACUGCUGAUCAAUACCCAUCUAUUGACAAAGAGGGAAGCCGCGACCGACUGACUGAGGUAUUCCUGGCUGUGGAAAAGGUCUCUGACCAACUGCAGGGAGUGAAAAGAUCUGUGGCAUUCCUGAGCAACAAAAUGGAGCAAAAGCCCAGGUAUUGGGCAAGAAUUGCGAAAACAAUUGACAAGAUAUUUACAUAUUUUUAUGUAACAGCUGUGAUUGUGUUUUUAUGUGUUAUCUUCAAUAUGUGGCUCUCAUAAUCAGAUAAAUGGAGGAAAGCUCUUAAACAUGUUCACGUUCGUGAUGUAUAACAUCAGUGUGAAUUUGAGUGCAAUUUUCAAACAAUCAGUCACUCCUAUUGUUUUUAAUUUAUUGAUAAAUUUGAUGAAGAACAUUUCAUUGUCUUUUAUUGCUGAUUGUCAUGUUUAGAUGCCAUUUCCUUGAUAGCAGCAGUUAAAAAAGGAGUCUGUCGAUGUUCAAAACUGUAUUAAUGCAUGUUUUUGAAUUAGUUUCUAAACUAAUAAGGUAUGGAUCACUCCUGUUACACUAUCUGGUAAUCUGCUGUACUGAAGUACCAGGCUUAGAUGCAGGACAUUAUUUAUUAUCUCAAACUGUAGUGGGAAGUUUGAUGUGAUACUUCUUUAUUCAAAUUAUCUUAAACUCUGGUUAUGCAUGCAGCAAUAAAUAAAUGAACAUCACUAAGUGCAAGCAUGUGGUGACGGUGGAGAAGAACCAGUUCCUCCAGCAGAUCAGUCUGGGUGGGAAUCUGCUGCAGCUGCUGGGUUUUAAGAGGACAGACUGCAAAAAUACACACAGAAGCAGAACUUUCUUUGUUGAAGAAAUCCAAAGCAGACAGUUAUAGCUCUGAGUUUUAAAGCAACAUAAAUAUGUAUGUAUUACUUACUGGGUAUCAUUUUGAACUGUUACCUGCAUGAAAAUACCAAUACUUAGCGCUACCUAUUUCCUAUUACAUUUUAAAAAUAUUUUAAUCAUUAUUUCUAUAUAUUAAACAUCUACUUAAGCAAUGAGAUCAUAUAAAAAGGUCUAGAUAUAUUCAGGUAACUAUUUAGCUGACUCAUAAUAAAAUAAAUGUGUAUAAAAUAAAUGAUAGGCAUGAUUCAAUUUAAGCCAUGAAUGUGAAUUUAGUUUAUGACCAGGAAACAGCAAUGAAACUGAAAAUAAACAUGCAGGAAGACAAAAAUAUAUCAAUAUAAUAAACAUGUAUAAUAUGUGUACGUUUUUGAAUUUGAAGAGAAUGUCGUCUGAUCUAAGAUAAUCAAUCAAUAAAGGUUCAUCCUCAAAUGUUUGCUUUCACACUGGAGUUUUUAUUUGAGCAGUUUUGGUUUAGUUACAUUGAGAUGAGAGAGAGAGAAAAAAAACUGGACUUGAACUUAACCAAACUUUAAGUUUUGUACUCUGAAUAGAAAAGAGCAAAAUCCAAAUAAAUUAAUUUUGCAGAAGAACAAACAAAUAAUCCAAUGUUGGUCUUUGAAAACUUGUAUAAUAUUUCAAACAUUUUCACUCUGAUAAUUUUGUGUUCCAAACUUUGACUGACAGUUUGAUAUGUUUUCCUUAUUAUUGGUUAUAAACCAGUAUAGAUGCUGCUCUUUUACAUUAAGUUAAAUAAACAUGGUUAAGAUUUCUAAACGCUCAUUCAUCAAAUACUGUUUAUGUAGAAUGAAACCUGUAAGAAAAUGACUUAGAGAAUGUGAUAGAAACAUUUACAUUUAUGUACUGUACUGAUUACAAAAAAUGAAGGCUUGAAAUAUUUCACUCUUUGUAAUGAAUCUAUGAGUUUCAGUUUCUAAAAGUAGUGGCAAAAAACUUCUAAUAUUUUCAAUAUAUUUAAAGUUUGUGUCUGUAUGUAUCACUUGCAUUGUUUAGGUACUUUAUUGUUUACCGAUUAUCUUACAGUGACUAUGUGAAAUGACAUUAUUGUGAUUAAGUUUAUAAAUACAAGGUCACCACAUUUGGCAUGCAGACAACAGUAGAAUUGCAAAAGAACAUUUUUGCUGUUAGCAAAGCAUUAUCUCACACUGUUUAGCUUAAUGGCUUUCCAUUCAAGUUCUUAAUGCAUUUCCAUUUGUUGUAUACAUGUUAAAAACUCUGGAUGGGCCGUUAAAUUGAAUAAAGUCAUGCUGUCCAUUAUAGCAUAUUAAAAGUGUUGCAGACUGAGAGUGAAUCUCUGCAUUUGGAAUAAACUGCAAUAUGGUAAAAAGACUAAUAUAUUUUUGUGGUUAUUUAACAUCUAAAUGCAAAAUAAUUCCUGGAAUCAUGUUGCUGGAUAAAAGCCCUG